AUGAACGGCUUGUCAAGGUGCUUGGGAAGACAAAUCACACAACACGCGAAAACACCUUUCUUCAGGAAGUGCAAUACGACCCCACUACGUCUUUCUGGCGUUCAUCUCCGAAGAUACUCAGACCAGAGCUCAAAAUACAACGGCAACAUGACUACUCAGCCUCCCAAGAACGAGAUGGUGUACAUGCCAGGGGUGAUGUCACCGAGUCGAUCGUUUGGAGUAUUCCGUAAGGUCCUUCACACUGGUCUGUAUUCGCAAUUUGUGGCGAUGGAAGUCCCGGUCAACGGCGAAAUUGGUGACGAGAUUCAUACCGUCGAUCAAGUGCUGAUAUUCACCCAUGGCACUGGCAAGGCAAUUGUUGCUGGGAAGGAACAAGAGGUCAAACAGAACGAUGUCGUCAUAGUCCCAGCUGGCACUCAACACCAGUUUUUGAAUAUCGGAAAUACGCCACUUGAAGUAGUCACCAUAUACUCCCCGGCUGAACAUGACCCGCGUACAGUACAUCAGACCAAGGCAGAGGGCGAUGCACAGGAAGAGGCUGGCGAGGAUGAAGCACCAGAGUGGAGUCAACGGAGCAAGUCGGAGAACGAGAAGAUUGGGCUGGUCAAGCCGCCAUAA